AUGACUCUGAACAUUGUCCAGGAAACCCACGAACAAAAUGAAAACCGUGUGCAUAGUGAAGAAGGUAAAAAGGAAGAAAUAGCCACUUAUGAUUAUCGCCCCACGGAGAGGAGGAGAAGUGACAGACUGUUACGUCUCAGGGAGAACAAAGCUAAACUGAUAGAGCAAAAUGGCUAUUCCGGCCUAACGAAGGGCAACAAUCCGGGCAAAAUCGCGGGGGGCAAUGUAAGCUUAAAGACGAUCGUGAAGGUUAAGCUUAAGGAAAGAGGGCCAAGUAGGGACAGAGACAAAUUGAAAAAAGGGGAGAAAAGGGACACCCAGGAGGGGAGAAAAGAAUCCACUUCCGGGAGGGAGAUAUACAUGAAGGCGGCAAAUGAUUUGAAGAAGAACACAUUGGUUAAAAAGGUUACCUUAAGCGGAAACCAGGGGAAUACCACUUUCCGUGACAACCAGGGGAAGACCCCAAAAGCGAAUAAUAAAAAAAUCGAAAAGGGAGUGGUGGUCGUGGUGGAUACGAAAAAAUGCGCGUCGUUAAACAAGGGCAGCGCGAAUCCAAAGGGAACGAGCGUAAAAGGAAUAGACAACAAACGGCGCAGUACAGUGAUUGUGAAGAAGAAAAAGCACCAAGCGGGGUUGAACAGAGCGCCCCUCUUGGCCAACAAGAAGGAGGAUGCCCAGGAGAGCAAAGAUAACUCCCAUAUGGUGUGCAAAAUGAGAAUAGAGAGUAAUUUUAAGGGGAAGGAAAAGGAGAAAAUGCAAACAGGGAAGGUAGAGAAGGGGAAACUACCCAAGCGGGAAGGACGGAAGAGACCACCCCCCGUGAAGGACAACCUCCCUGGGGACAAGAUAAAAAGCGGAUCCAAUUCCGACUGCAAAGAGGAAAUCUUUAUGCAGAAAAGACUGAAGAUGAGGAAGGCAACCUACCCGAAUUACAAUAUAUAUAGUUACGGGAAAGGCAAAAACGUGUUUUACUCCCUGGAGAGAAUUAACUACAGCAGUGGAGAUAAACCGGGUGGAGAAGAAAAUAAAAGAAAGCUAAAUAGAAUACCAGAGAUUAUAAAUAUAAAAAAGCAAAAAUUUGUGAUAGGCUCGUCCAACAGAAAGUGCGACCUAGUUUUGAGGGGAAACAUCGAAGGAGAACAAUGCGAAUUGGUAUGCAAAUGUGUGGAGAAAAAUAUCAACCAUUGUAGUGACAGAAACAGACAAAUUAAUAAAUACAACUUAUUUAUUAUUAACAAGUCGAGAAGCAAUUCGACCCUACUUAACAACUCCGUGGUGGACAUUGACCAAGUCAAAGAUGAAGAUAGCCUUUUCCUGGGCAUCGAAAACAUGGAGAAAAGAACAAACGCAAAAUAUAUCUACAAGAUUAAGUACAACAAAAUGGCCAACAUUUUUAACAUAAAUAAUUUGUGCACCUACAGUAAAGACAACUGCAUACACAAGACGUUAAUUACCAAAGCGGAAGAUGGAAAAGCUAGCAAAAUUGUAUCAACCAAUUUUUCACUAAGUAAUCAAAAUGAGGAGCAGGAAUCCAAUGUAUCCAUUUUGAUAUUUUUAAUUAUUAACAGGACGUCCAUACCAAACGAACCACUGCAUUACAUGGACAAUUUGAAUUCCUUCGCCAACCUUAACAGCACACCGAGGAAGAUUUCUGGGGAGGAUAAGACCAUGGUAAGUAAAGGAUCCACGUCAGUUAGCAAAAUGAUCAAAGAAGAUUCGCCAAACACCCAAUUUAAUGAAAGCAUUAAAAAGAUUAACAAAAUUUGCCAAAGCAGGAUUUCCCCUUUGUGCAUAAAGGAGUCCAUUAAGAAGGAAGAGAAAGUAAAGGGUACGUUAAAAAGCGCCAACCAAACGAAGGAACUUCCAGUGACACUGCUCAACGCGUGUGUUGAGUUGUGUAAGGAGAUAAACAAAAGUGUCACGAAAGAAAAUGCCGGGGAAGACAACCAUGCCCUUCCGGAGUGUACUCCCGUUACGAAAUAUCCAUCGUUCACACCCCCUAAGGGGGUGACCCCUCCAAAUACGAUGACACCGUCCAAGCAGAUAACACCGUCCAAGCAGAUAACACCGCCCAAGCCGCUGACAACACCAGGGAGGAUAGCACCUUCGAAAAUGAGUUUCCCCCGUCCUUUUCAAAGUGAGCAGAAGAAGAAACCACACAUGAACAAAUUGUACAACAUUUUUCACUCCAAUUUUGGCACUCCUCGGCAGAGGGGAAGCUCCACGGUUGAUACCACCAACCGGAUUGCCGACUCGAACAGCGUAUCAUCAGUGGUGAGUGAAAGAGUUAGGACCUCUGGAGAUCGCGUCAAUGGACUGCGGUGUCAGGGGCCACCAAUUAGCAGGCCUUCCAAAAGUUUAAACCAGCCCAAUAUCUGCGAAGAGGCCCAUUUUCACGGCAACUCACAACAUCACACUGCGGAUAAGAGCAAAUAUUAUUUGCACAAUUCAGAAGGGGAGAUUUUUCCGCAAGGUAACACAAACAGAGAAGAGCCUUCUGAGAGGGAAGACAAAAAUGGCGAAACGGAUUAUGCUAACCGAAACUGCAACGCCGAAGGCCGUGUCGUUUGCUCACCACCCAUUGACCAACACGCGCGGGUCUACUGUGAGGACGUAGACGCGAAGCAGGUCGAACAAAUUGGGGAGGGAGUCCAUGAAGAAGAAUUGAAUAUCUCAGUGAAUAACAGCUUAUUGGUAACCCCGGGAAAAGGAGCCAAAUUGGUGGACAGCAACCAGAUGACAUUCUAUGACUGCAAAGAUGAAAAGGCGGGGAAGGAAGUAGCUCUUCCACCUGCGAAGCCGAAUGAGAGUACCAACAUGGUGAUAAAAACAUCUGAAUCGAGUGAGUUCAUAAAGAAGACGGAAAAGGAAUUAUACUCCGUUUUAUAUUCCAAAAGUAGUGAAAGCACAACAAGUGGUGCAAAUACAGAUUUUGUUCUAUGUCUGAAAAAUGAACAGGGGGAAGAGAGGUAUCUCAAAGUGAUUGGAGAAAUUAAAGUGAAGAGAAAUGCCAUUUUGUCAGACAUAAAACAUAACAUAGAUUUAAAACUGCUUGACAAAUCCAUUGAGCUUACAACUCUUAAUAAGAUAAACUAUUUAAAAUGUGAGUCUCUCUCUAAAGGGAAAUAUUCGAUUCGUUUAAAUGCCUUUUCCGAUAAACUGGAUGAAACAAAGUUUGGUGAAUUUUCAGCCCUGCACCUGGACUAUAUUGAUAACACAAAUUUUUCCCAUUUGGACACAUUGGAGCCCCUUGAGUUGAAGAAAAUGCUAUUUAUAAAGUACGACGAGUAA